ACGUGAUUACGUGAAAAGUAGGUCACCAAAAACGUAUAAAUAGAGCCGAUCAACCGAAGUUCUGUCUCUCAGAAAUAAACGAUACACGUGGUUGGACAGCACAACUGAUCGUUACUACAUACUCACAGAAUGUCUUCUAAACCAGCAUAUAAAGUCGCCGAUAUCACUUUGGCUGAAUGGGGUCGUAAAGCCAUUGAGAUUGCUGAAAAUGAAAUGCCUGGUUUAAUGAGCAUGAGAAGGACAUAUGGACCUAAUAAACCUCUUAAAGGAGCCAGAAUUGCUGGAUGUCUUCACAUGACUGUUCAAACCGCAGUUUUGAUUGAAACACUAACAGAAUUAGGAGCAGAGGUUCAGUGGUCCAGUUGUAAUAUUUUUUCCACACAAGAUAAUGCUGCUUCUGCUAUCGCGAAAACAGGUGUUCCUGUUUACGCCUGGAAGGGCGAGACAGAUGAGGAGUACAUCUGGUGCAUCGAACAGACAAUCUAUUUCCCUGAUGGUCAACCAUUAAACAUGAUUUUAGAUGAUGGAGGAGAUUUGACCAAUUUGGUUCAUUCUAAAUAUGCCGAUCUCUUGCCAGGUAUUAAGGGUUUAUCGGAAGAAACUACAACCGGUGUACAUAAUUUAUAUAAAAUGAUGAAAGAUGGUAAACUAAAAGUACCAGCAUUUAAUGUCAACGAUUCUGUUACAAAGAGUAAAUUUGAUAAUUUGUACGGUUGUCGUGAAUCUCUGGUUGAUGGUAUCAAGAGGGCUACUGAUGUUAUGUUAGCUGGUAAAGUUGCUGUCGUCGCUGGUUAUGGAGAUGUUGGUAAAGGUUGUGCUCAAGCCCUGAGAGCUUUUGGUGCUAGAGUUCUGAUUACUGAAAUAGAUCCCAUCAACGCAUUACAGGCAGCUAUGGAAGGUUAUGAAGUCACCACUAUAGACGAAGCCGUGAAAGAGGCUCGUAUUUUCGUCACAGCAACUGGUUGUGCCAGUAUUCUUUUACCUAAACAUUUUGAACAGAUGUUGGAGGAUACAAUCGUCUGCAAUAUCGGUCAUUUUGAUUGUGAGAUCGAUGUCAAAUGGCUGAAUGAAAAUUGUACGAAAAAAGAACAAGUUAAGCCACAGGUUGACCGAUAUACAUUAAAAAGUGGCCGACAUAUUAUUUUGUUAGCUGAAGGUCGAUUGGUUAAUCUAGGUUGUGCUCACGGUCAUCCAAGUUUCGUGAUGAGCAACUCAUUCUCUAAUCAGGUUUUAGCUCAGAUUGAAUUAUGGACAAAGGCCGGACAAUACAAAGUUGGUGUUCAUCUUCUACCUAAACUUCUUGAUGAAGAAGUUGCUUUCCAACAUUUGGAACAUCUGGGUGUCAAACUAACAAAACUAUCAGCAGAACAAGCAUCAUAUCUUGGAAUUCCACAAAACGGACCAUACAAACCAGACUUCUACAGAUAUUAAUCAUCCAAAACCCACUCAUUUCAUUCUGAAACAUUUUAUAAAAUCCAUAAAAAAAAAUUAAAAAAAAUCGCCUUAAAUCAGUUGUGUUGCGCCAACCAUGGUCUUUUUGUAGAGAAAUGAAAAUGUCUGUAUUCACUGGACAGACAAAUCUUUCAUACAGCCAUUAGUAGCAACAUUUUUUGUUUUGUAUUCUUGAAGUUUAGAAAUCGUUUUGGGACUCCACAUGUAAAGAGCUUUGUCUGAUGGUUCUGGCUAAUGGUCUAAAUCAACUGAAAAGUAACCUAACUUUUUCUCUUUCUCACAUUUCUUCUGGCUCAUAUUAAAAAUUCUCCAUCUAAAUUCCUCCUGGUCGACAAUAACAUACUUUAUACUCAACUUCAUAUUUUCCUUUUCUCUAAUCCAAGGGAGGCAAUAUUGGAGUUGCUUCCCUUGGAUCAAGUUGUUAAUGAAUUGUUUUUGUUAUACUGUAUAUUGGAGUGUAGAUGUAAAUCAUUGUUUAUUGUACACAUGUAAUAAAUUUUUACAGAUGUA